AUGGCCGCACCUGUCAGUUCUCAGCAAGGUGCUGCAGUCCCGGCCCACACUUCAAAUGGCCACAACGGCACCAACGGCACCACCACCACAGCAAUCCCCACCACAAACGGCACAGGGGAGAGUAACGCAACGACCGCCAUGCCAGGCUUGAGUGCUGAGGAAAUGGCACAGUAUGACCGUCAGAUCCGUCUUUGGGGCGCCGAAGCGCAGCAGCGGAUACGAUCCGCCAACAUUCUGCUCAUCUCUCUACGCGCAUUGGGAACAGAGAUUGCCAAGAACCUCACGCUGGCCGGAGUUGAAUCACUCACCAUCGUCGAUGAGGGUCUCGUUGUUGAGGAGGAUCUCGGUGCGCAAUUUUUCGUGCGCGAGGAGGACAUCGGCAAGCCGCGCGCCGAAUCAGCCAUCCCUCGGAUACAAGAAUUGAAUCCGCGGGUCAAGGUCCGCUCUGGUGGUAGCCUGCAGAAUCUACUCGGUCGAGUCGAGGCAUUCUCGGCAUACGACUGCAUCAUCGCAUGCGAUCACGACCUCAUGACUCUCUCCGGCAUCAAUGCCGCUGCUCGGGUGGCUAGUAGACCUUUCUACGCUGCUGGAAUCCACGGCUUCUACGGCUACAUCUUCGCGGACCUUGUCGGACAUGAAUUUGUGGUGGAGCGCGAAAAGUCGAACAUAACAACCCAAAUGCAGGCUGAAACAUUGACCCGUGCCAUCGUUAGCGUCACCACGAGAAAGGAAAACAAUGGCAAGACUACAGAGAUCGUUAAGAAGCAGGAGCUGUACUGUCCACUACUCAUCGCAAACUCCUCCGCACUUCCCCAGGAUGUGCUCAGCAGUCGCCGGAAGCUGAAGAUGGUUCCGGCUCUACUGCCAUGUCUUCGCGCACUGUUUGAGUUUCAGCGGGACUAUCAGAAACUACCUGAAGCCACUCCACAGGAUCUCGCCAUCUUCACCACGUUGGCCACGAACAAAGCGCGAGAACUCCAGCUGCCGCACGAGACGCUCCGGGCUGAUUUUCUGCGAAGCUUCAUGCAGAGUAUUGGCGCCGAGAUCAUGCCAACGGCGGCAUUUGUUGGCGGUCGCUUGAGUGAGGACGUUAUCAACGUCUUGGGCAAGCGUGAGCAGCCGAUCCAGAACUUCGCUCUGUUUGACGGAGACGGCUUGGAGGGCAAAAUUUAUUCGCUGUACACCUUUACGCCAGAGCUUUCCGCGCUGGGCAGUAACAUGUCGGCGGGGAUGCCUAUGAGCGGACAGAUGAUCACCGACAUGCCGAUGGACAUGGGCAAUGGUGGCGGAUCCAUCAAUUUGGUGUGA